CCGUACCUGACCUGUGUAUAAAAUCACCUUGUUGCACCUGGCCGAAUGUUGCCUUGAUUAAUGGGAUAGACAUUCCGAAAGCUAAUUUACACUAUGGCCCGGGGCAGACUGAUGGUUUUACUAAUAGUGGCUGUCGUAUCACAACAAGUAAAAGCACACAACUAUAAUAGAGAUGCAAGAUCAGGUGACGAGGUUGAAAAUAGCAAAGAUGAAGAUAAUGGGAAAUCAGCAAAGAAAAAAACAACUGACACAACCGUCUUGAAAACAAUUUUGAAGACCGCAUUUAUACGUGAAACAUCCAGCUUACCUACACACGAUAAAUCGACUCAAGCUGCACAUUUUGACAAAAGCUUUGAGCGCGGACACCGGACAGACGAUGAUGCAAGUCCAGACAAUUCUGUCGUCAGUCUUGCAGUUCCAGUUGGUGUUGCAGUUGGGCUCUUGUUCCUCGGACUUGUAGUGGGUGUCAUAGUUACAUGUCUGCUAUGCGCCUGUGUGCCAUCGUUAAACAAAAAGGCUACGUCUUUUUUAACGAGGCAUCGAAAACCCACCGAUGGUGCGAAAAAUGAGAAAACGGACCCUGCAAAAGAUUCACAAGUCCAACCUACCGCUCCUCCUGCAAGCUUUCGAAUAGAGCACCAAAAUGGUACACAUGCAGACGACCAACGCGGUUCUCACAUAUAUAACCAACCAGAAAUGUCAUUUGUAAAGAACCCCAUUCCAACAUCACAAGCUAUUGCAUCGCCAGUUUACAACGAAUUAACAGAUGAUAUCAUAGCAUCUUCAAGCAAGUCAAUAAAUCCUGAGUAUCAACUUCUUAACGCCAAAACUACGGAUAGCGCCAUGUAUGGUUACCGUCAACUAGAACCAUCGGGUAGCGGGGAAAACUUUCAUAGUAAGACAAGUACAGCGGAAAACGUUCCAGCGGACACUGGAACAUCUGUUGAUCACAAUUAUUUUAUAUUAAACCCAGAAGUCUCUUCGGCAUUAGAUUCGGUGUCUGGUUCAGCUGACGACAUAGACAACAGUGCGCAUGCGUACUUCGUUUUGGAGAAGAACUUCAGGUCUUAGAUCUGAUUACAAUGGUUAAUUAGUAUUUUUUGUAUGAUAUGAAAACCGAGCCAAGAAUGUACUAUUUCGUUGUAGAAAGACACAUAUAUUUAUGUUGAUAAUUACAGAUAAAUCGGCAGAUCAUAUUAAGAAUUUAAUUCAAGCUGAAUGUGUUACUUUCACCAACAAACAAUUAAAGGGGCCUUUUCACAGAUUUUGGCAUGUACUGUCAUUAAAUGCUUUAUAUUGAUAUAUUUAAACAUUUGAUCUAAAAAGCUCCAGUAAAAAAACAGGAAUAAAAUUAAAGAAAGAAAAAAGAAAUCCUCAACUGGACUCGAACCACUGACCUCUGGAGUAAAAGUCAAUCGCUUAGACCAU